CACGAACGCUUUUAUGUCAAGAUCAGUCAAGUGGCGCAAGUCAGAGAGACCACGACAAAGGCACACACAAAGACACACACGCACACACACACACACACACACACACAGACUAAACAUAGCCACUGAAACAAAGAACACCGUUACAAGCUUUACUUUCACUUGUGCAAACACAGAGCAAACUUGCUCCAAGAAUAAGAGCUCACGAUGCCAUGAAGCUCAUUUGGCGGCUGCCUUUGCUGUCGCGAGGGUCAUCGGCGGCCCUAAUAGUGGAGCCGGCUGGAGAAUAGAAGCAACGCUUGGACUUCAGUUCCACGCGGCACUGACAUCAGUAGCAUGUCAGGGGGCAAGCCAAGCGGUCCAAUUUACCGAGUCCAAUUCGCGUUUUGUGAUAUCUACGUUUGCAUGCCAACGCACGGGAUUUGUCGGCACAUCACCCCACAACAACGGGAGCAACUACAGAAGCAGCAAAGAUGUCAUGAAUUUGCCUGGGUCUGGGUCUGUUUGCUGCUGCUAAACAGCAUCUGCGGGUCCGGGGCCCAUUUGCACAAGUGGAACAUCUUGCAAAAGAGUUUUCGGUAUAUGCAGGAGACCAUGCUAAGUAACAGCUUAGAUCGCGCUCAUCUGAACUAUGGAAUUGUGUUUGAGUGCCGCACUAUCUCCGACAUGGAUUUGGGCGACGAGGUGCACUUUCAUUUACAGCUCGGCGACUUGAGCGGUUUCCGUCGUUUGGAUGCAAAAAAGAAGUUGGCGUUGUUUUUGCAUGGCUGGAACGAUCAGGGCAGCAAGGACUGGGUUCAAGAACUAUUAUUGACUUGGACCCUCUUUGAUGAUGGUUACAACGUAUGCGUUGUAGAUUGGGGCAAUCUGUCACAGAAUGAUUACAAAAGCGCCUCAAUGUCUAUAUUUGAUGUUGGUUUGACAGUGGCAGGCAUAAUCAUUGCCCUGGAGGAAAUGCGACCGCGUCACUUUAAUCGCCGCAACGUCACCCUAGCGGGAUACAGUUUAGGCGCUCAUGCAGCCGGAUAUGCGGGCGCCGUGCUGGAUGGUCAAGUGGAACAAAUUAUUGGCCUGGAUCCGGCGGGGCCUCUGUUUACUCUGCCGGCUGCUGUUAACCCAAAGUAUCGGCUUGACCAAACGGAUGCAAAGUUUGUGCAAGUCCUGCAUACCUCAGGCGGCACCUUGGGCACCAGUCUUAAGUGUGGGCACGCUGAUUUCUAUCCGAACGGGGGACGAGCUCCCCAACGCAACUGUUUGAUGUUUAUGAAUCUGCGCGAUAUGCAAAACACAAAUCCCAUUGCCUGCAGUCAUUCGGCGGCUGCCAUUUUCUUUAGGCAAUCAAUGGAUCCGCAGUACCCCUUCAUUGGGUAUCAAUGCGAUAGCUAUCGCGAAUAUCUGACUGGCCGCUGCGAUAACAAUCGCCGUGCUCUUUUUGGGAUUCACUCUCAUCGACGGAUGCAUGGCAGUUUCUUUUUUGACACCACCUCCAGCCACCCCUAUGUUCAGCGGCAGCGCUCGAAUCGCCUUUGGAAUUGGAUUUUGGAAAGGUCUCAGAAUCGGAAUCGCAUAAACGCCAGGCACUUAAGUACCGACAAUGCCAUAGGUGGCGAACUCUUGCGCCAACGACCGUGGACGCGAAGGCGUAAUAGGAAAAGCCAACGUUGCCAUUGUGAAAGGUAAUGAACAAUAUAAAGGCAGAGUUAGAGAGUAGAGCGGAACUAGUUCCUAGUGUUGUUUCUGUUAUACAUGCAUAUGUAUGUAAGCACAAUAUAAUAUGUACUAUAUAUGAUUAAAAAAAUAGUCUAAAAAUUUGCUACCAAC